UCAAGAAGGCUUUGCUCGCUACUGUUGCUGUCAAACAGCGCGAAUUAUUUACUAUAAUCGGUGCUUGUAUAUGGGAAGAGAGUGCUAUGGUCGGUGACAUCUGACUCUCGCUUGUUGUUUAUUCCAUUUUGUUUGUUGAAUUCAAUUUUUUAGGCGUCGGUGCUUGAAGAAGCGUUAAAAAUCCUCGUUUAAUGAGAAUUUUUAAUAUCUAUUCGAUAAUGGUAACGUACCCUACAUAAGGGCGCUGUUUUUUAUUGGUGCGGUUUAAGUUUAAUGUAUUUUUCAGGGGUUUGACUGUAUUAUAUACAUGGUGUUUUGAACUUCGUUGACUCUAAGUGAGUGUUUUUUUGUACUUCUUUGUUCUGUAAUAUUCUGGGUGGAGUUGUGAAAGGUUGAAGAAGCUCCAGAUGACUGCGUAGUAUAUUUUCCAGAAAGAUUGAGUGUGAUUCACUGGGCGCCAUGGCAUCUUUUGGGCAUUGUAUGGGUCAAAAAAGGCGUCACUCGACGCCACCAUGGAGUUGUUAAUGCGGCGUCUCUUUGUAGAUGCUCAGGCCAAGCUUCGCAGAAUGGUAGAAGAACAUUCCGAAUAUCCGAAUUCUAUACCCGCCCCCGUUCCAGCGCCCGCUACGCACGCCCCUGACCUGAAAACUGCCGACGCACUUUUUUCUUCUCUGUCUUCCGCUACGCCACUGUCAGCAACCAAGUCCGAUACACCCAAUAAAAACCAACCGAACAACAACUCUGCUACCCCUUCAGGCACCGCUACUGAACUGCCUGCCACGGAAGACCCUCGCAGCGAUGAUGUCAAACCUAUCAAAAACGGUGACGUUAAAAAAGAGGAUCAUCCUAAGAAGCAGAAUUCUAUAGAGUUCAAGCAAAGGAGCAAGUCCUUGAAUAAUACCAGUUCAGUCGACUCUAAUGAGGAUGUUAAUAAAAAAGAUAUACACAAAACAAAAUCAAACCCAGUGAAGUGCGAGGUUUUAGAUAGUAGUGAAGCAAAGUUAGAUGGUAAGAACAACAUGACAAUACAGGAGAGCGCCAGUCCCAUGAAGGACACCAGAUCGUCACCAGAAAAUCAACGGUCUGAAUCACCUAAACCUGGUUGUAGCAGUCAACCAGAUAUGGAUUCUUCAUCUCCUAGAUCACCUCAUAGCUCUGACGGGGGAAACCCCGACGACCUCUUGGCGCUGUUGCCGUCUCCCUCGAAUUUCCCUAAACCUUCCUCCGUGAUACGGAGACUGAGGCAAGAAAACGAAAGGUUGCAAGCUGAAGUAACUAGAUUGAGACGACUGGUAGUGUCUGGUGCUACAGGAUUAUUAAAUGAAAGAAAAGCUCUUUCUGAAGAUCCAUCAGCGGAUGCAGCUUCACAAGACUUAGAAAUGGAGCUUCAACUGGCCAAGGAAGCCCUAUCAACACUGAAAGCGGACAAACGGCGUUUGAAAGCUGAAAAAUAUGAUUUGCUGAACCAGAUGAAGCAGCUGUUUUCCACUUUGGAAGACAAGGAAAACGAGCUUCGAGACUUUAUUAGAACUUAUGGACAGCGGGUCAGAGAUGAAACUUCCCUUCAGCAGCUUUCUACUGAACGAGAAGAAAGGGAAAGAGAAAGAUGGAGUUUGCUGAGACAUGCGAGAGAUGAAGCUGAAAGAAGUCUGUCUUUAGCUGCACAACUGAAUGCGAAGGAAUUGCAAUUGCAACAAGCCCAAGAACAACUUGCAGAGGCCCGAAGACAGCUCGCUGCUGGCGGCUGCCUCUCUGACCAGGAAUCACUCGCCUCCCUUCCCCGGCACAGCAUGAACGGUGGCGCCCUCACGCCCAGCUCGGGCGGUUUGCUCUCCGGCCAUCUGGGUCUGCUACCGGGCGAUAGAGGAAGCUGCAGCGCCGACUCAGGCGUGCGCGUCAGUUCGGACAGGGAGAGUGGUGGUGCCACUUCCGUAGCGGGGAAUUUGUCGGACUCGACCACAGAUGGUGCUCCUACUAUAACGGUGGAGGGUAGUGUGAGGGAUGUUGAUUCGGUGUCGAUGAUGUCGGCCGUGCCUCCUCCACCAGCACAUAUGUAUCAAUUAUCAACUAAAGACUGUAGCCCAACCUUAUCUCCACUAAAUGCUAACAAUUUUCCUCGAUCGGUAGAUCACACUAGUUUAUCAAGGUCUGUGGAACAACUGAGUUCGCCUCUGGAACAAGAACCAAUAAAUCUAGGCAAGAGGAUCAAGCAACCUACGCGAUUGUCUGGAAGAGGCGGGACUUGGGGCAGUAUUUCCAGAGUAUUCGCCCGAUCCAGACACAGGAACAAGACGAAUUCUCUACAGGAAACCAGUGAACAUGGCUACGAAUCAUAUCGCAGUUGGUCUCCAUUAACGGAGGAAGGUUAUGCAGAGAAGCUACGUCUUCUACGUGAAGCUAGUUCCAUUCCGAUGGAGAGAUGGCGAGCUCCAACAGUUUUGGCGUGGCUAGAAGUCGCUUUAGGAAUGCCUCAGUACGGAGCAAGGUGUUCUGAAAAUAUCAAAAGCGGAAAGAUUGGUCGUUUGAACGGGCAGGUGCUCCUGGAACUCAGUGACCUGGAGCUGGAGUGCGGCCUGGGAAUCACCCAUCCCAUGCACCGGAAGAAGCUGAGGCUGGCUAUAGAGGAGCACCGUCAUCCGGCGCUGGUGAGAUACCCUUGCAUCGCGCAGUUGGGGCACACCUGGGUGUCCAGCGAGUGGUUGCCUGAUUUGGGACUCUCUCAGUACUCAGAGAGUUUCGCUUCAAAUAUGGUAGACGCCAGAAUGCUUGAACACUUGAGCAAGAAGGAAUUGGAGAAAUAUUUAGGCGUAACUAGAAAAUUUCAUCAGGCUUCUAUAGUUCACGGCAUCCAUCUACUUAGAAUAAUGAAAUACGAUAGACAGGCUCUAGCUUUAAGGAGACAUCAGUGCGAAAAUGUGGAUGCCGAUCCAUUGGUGUGGACCAAUCAAAGAUUUAUUAGAUGGGCUAGAAGUAUCGACUUAGGUGAAUAUGCUGAUAAUUUAAAAGACAGUGGAGUGCACGGUGGUCUCGUUGUACUGGAGCCGUCGUUCAACGGCGAUACAAUGGCGACGGCGCUGGGAAUCCCCGCCAGCAAGAAUAUCAUCAGGCGCCAUCUAACGGCCGAGUUGGAAGCGUUGGUACUGCCAGCCAGAUCCACACUAGUGCACUAUGUGAGAGUACGAACCAAACAAAGGGUACCAGGCGGGUCUCUGGGGCGAUCCUUUUCGAAAUCUUGCGGCGGUCUUACCGCCCCAUCACCAUCUCAGAUGAAGGACGCCACUGCCCUUGUAAUCAGCGACCCUAAGAGGACCAGUAUUAAGGGUUCUCUAAGUCGAGCAUUCGGUUUGUCCAAACCCAAACAAAUAACCGAAAAAGAAAAAACCUCCCCUACAUCAAGUUCAGAGAAUUCGUCUGUCAUCAGUCGGAUUAGUCCACCCUUGCCGUAUUUUACAGGGAGAUCUACAAAAUCUGGAGGGGAAUCUCCCAUAUACGCUCAACCAUUUGCCCAUCAGUAUCCGAAGAAUAUUUACCAGAGAAGAUCUGAAGACUAUGACAUGUAUACAUGCAGUUCUAUAGACGAAUACGAUAUCACCAGAAGUAUUCAGAGCAUUCAGUCUGAAAGCAAUUUCUCUAGGGAAGCUAAGGCUUUUCCUGAGGGAAGCCUCAGAACAAACAAGAAGCAACACAGAAGGGUGAAGAGUAUCAGUGAUAUAGAUGCCAUUCACGUCGAAGGAGUCAAAAUCUAAAUAAUUCAUCGACUAAAUAUAUUGGUCAAGUAAACAAUCGUUUAUUCUACCACAAAAAAUAAUAUAUUAGUUUGACCAAAUUCAAACAAAGAAACAAGAAAUUGUGAUGAUUCAUACAACAAGUACUAUAAAAAUUUUUCAAAAAAAAAGGAAAAUUUUAGAUAGAUAUUGUUUAAAACAGAGCAUUUUAUAUAUUAAACUUUAGCUCUAUAUUUUGAGUAAGAAUUAUAUGAAAAAAGUUAUAUUACUAAUACUUAUCUUUAAAAAUAUCAACUUACUAUAAGGCUCAAUAAUGAAAUUAUAAUUUUUUAAACAUUAAAUUUCAGAAUAGGUAUGUUAACUCACAGUAUUAUUAUCAUCACUAUAAUUGGUUCUAUUUUAUUGUAAUUUAUAUAAUAAGAUAAUACUAUAUUUGCAUAGGUAUAACAGCAAAUAAAAAUGAUAUAAAAUCAGGUAUAUAGUGCUUUUCAGAUAUUUUACAGAAGGCUGUAAUUGAUAGAACAUCACUGCCGCUUAUUAAAUAUCAAAAAAAUUAAGUAUUUUACUUCAAUAAGUCAGUGUGCACUAGGUAUUUCUAUAUUGUAAAUAUUUUCCUCAUUUUCAUGAAAACUAAUUUAUAUAAUCUAGAAUAAUUCAUUGUACCAAAAAAAUAAAUAAAACAAAUUUUAUUUAACCCAUUUUAAAAGUAGUCUGCUCUUUAAUUUGCUGCUAAAAAUUACGACAAUUUAACAUAAUAAAACAAUCAUUUUUAGUUGUAAGUUUUAUAAGACUCCUAAAUACUUUUUUACAGCAGUAUAGAUAAUACAAGCUUUGUCACUUUUAUAUUAAAGAUCAGUAUUUUUAAGUUACAAGUUAAAUACAAUUUAGUGUUUAAGUCUAAUUUAUUCAUAACCAUAUUGUGA